GCAGACUGGGAGUCAAGGGUCUCCUAGUAGGUCUAUUGGUCGAGAUGAAGCUCUUGUAUAUUCCCAAGCAGGAGGUGGGAUGACCGGGCGCAUUUCACCAGGAUAUUCUUCCCCAUAUGGUAGUCGAGAGCAACUGCAAUCUAUCCACCCUCCUCUUGCUCGCCAUUCCUCAUCACAGGAGGGUGCGAAACACAUGCCAACAUUACCACCCCAUCUCUGUCCUUCAUAUACUCAUCCUCAUGUCACACGCUUUGCCUCUGCACCAGAUCCUAUAUGGGGAGGUCAGCAGCAGCAAAACACACCUGGUCCACCACACAUCACACGCCUGAACUCCACAUCUGAUACAAGGCUGAAUGUAUAUGGCUGCAGUAGUGAAUCGCAGCUGUUUUCUGAAGUUCCAGUAUUUGAUGAUCCAAUGAACCGCCUAACACAGUUCCACCCAGGAGGACAACACCACAAUACUAGUCCUGGACCAGGAGCUGCAUCACCAGGGCCAAUUGGUUCAAGGCCCAUGUCUCCUCAGCAUGGCAGUGUUAUGCAUCAUUCUCCAGGUGUAUCUCCAAGACAGCACAUACCAUCACAGCAGACAUCCUUAGGUUUAUCUCCAGUUUCCAAGCCCUAGAGUGGAGCUGCAAGC